GUGUUGAUCCAAGAUGGCGGCCGAAAUGGAACAGCAGGGCGCAGGGGGAGAUUGAGCCAGAGUUGGGGGGAAAGCGAUACUGCCAGCUGGAUAUGUGCCCGUCCUGAUGAGCCUGGGGCUCAGAGCCAAUUAGGCAAAAUGUGGAAAUGGUAUUCUGGGGAAGAGGCGAACCUUCAAGGAGGAGCUCCAGAUAAUCAGGGGAGCCCCAGUGGCACCAUGUCGGUUGCAGAUCUGACAGAACAGCUGGCACAGAACCAGCAGCUGGUGGCACAACUGAAGGAACUUAUCAGAGAGAAAGAUAAUGAGCUUCGCAAGAAGGACCAGCAGCUCAAGGAAGAAAAAGAAUCUGCAGAAUCUAAGAUAUCAAAGGCCAAGCUCCAAAAUAAAGCGAAGAUUGCAUCGCUGACAUCACAGCUGGAAGAGCUAAGGAAACAUCAGGCUUCCCCCCGAUCACAUGAGAAGAAAUCCGACAACAAAAAGGCCACAGGAGAUGGAGACUAUGAGAACAGUUCAGCAAAUCGAGGAAAAAUUCUUUUGUUAAAAAGGCGGGUUGAAGAAUUAGAGUCACAGUUAGCACUUAGAAAUGAAGAACUUCAAAGAAAGGAGGCUGACCUGGAGCAGCAGAGGUUGCGGGGUUCUCAGAUGGAUCUUAUGCUCAGUGAAAAGGAGAAGAAACUGGCUGCCAAAGAGGCCUAUAUCAUCGAGUUGCAGAUGGCUGCAGGGUCAAACACAUCCAUGGAUACACCCAGAUCUCAAGAGAACACCCAGCAGGAAACAAACAGAGACGCAUCUAAUCAAGAGCUGCAGAUUCUAAUCCAGAACCUGACAAGGAAAGUGGGAAACAGUGAUGAAAAGUGUAGCCUUCUCCAAGAGCAGACUGAGAGCUUAAAAACCCUGCUGAACAAAGAGAAGGAUCACUUCAAGGAGAGGGAAGCAAUGUACACGGAAAAUAUUCGGGUGUUCCAAAACUUAGUCCAGGAAAAGGAGAAAGAACUGAAAGAGCAGUCACAAAAACACGAGCAAGAAAUUUUUAAACUGGUGGCAAAAUCCGACGCCAAUGCCGAUCUGCAUCAGCUGCUCAAGGCCUUAAAACAGAAACUGCAUGAGGAAGAGGAGGUCCUGCUCGGGAAAAAUCAAGUGAUUGACGUACUACAGAAAGAACUAGAUAAUAAGGAACAGCAGAAUAUAGAAAUAAACGAAAAGUGUAAGCGCCUUCAGUCAGAAAAAGAGAACCUGCAGUCAAAGUUGGAAGCCGAGAAGCACGUAAUGAGGGCGCAGCUAAGGGAUAUGAUGGAUAAGCAUGAAACAGAGCUGUGUAGCUUGCAGGACAAACACAAUGCCGAGAUCCAGGAUAUUCAGGAGAAGCAUGAAUUGGAAAUCCAGGAGAAGUGCCUACAACUCCAACAACAACUCCAGCACUUGGGCAGUAGCACAGGAGAAACUGCCCAACCCACAAAGAUCACAGAAACAGCGGUCAUUAAACUCCAAGAUGAAGUCAAGCUGAAAACAGAAGAGGCAAGUAAAUCCGAAGCUAAAUUCCUUAAAAUGAAGGCUUGGUCAAAGUCCAAAAUCAGGCAGUUGGAGGAAGAGCUAAAAAUUUCAGAAACCAGAAGCCGGGACCUGUCCGGCCUGAGCAAUCGCAUUAUAGAAUUGGAAGAGGAGAAGCAUGAACUGGAGACAAAACUAGAAUCGUUAGUGGAACUUCAGGCAAUUAAUGAACAACUUUUGACCAAGCUUGUGAUCUAUGAAGAGCAACAAAGGAAACUGCAGGCAGAUCUUGAGCAGGUUGCAAAGAGGGCAGACUCACAGACAAGCGAGUCGGGCAGCGUGGAUGAGUUGCACAACCAGCUUCUGGAAUGGAAUGAAAUGAGCCCUGAAAUCGAAGAAGCGCCGGAGAACAGCAGCGAGAAGUCUGUCCUGGCUCUGAGGAUGGCACAGAUAGAAGAAGAAAGAGAAGCCAUGGACUCAGGGCAGCAGGAGCUGGAGGAGGAGCUGAGUGCAGCUCGAGGCCUGGGGAAAAUGCGACCGGCAAGAAGGAAAGGCAGCAAAGCAGCGCCAAAGAUGCAGGACGAUGACGAUUAUGGCAGAAAGGGCUUUGUUGAUCAGAACCUGACCCUGGACAGCAUUGAUUCUGUUGAGGGGGAGAACAUGGGAGGUUGGUGGCCUGAAUACGCUUCUCCUAACUCAGGAUUACGAACCGUUGUGGAAGAGCUUGAAUUAGAGAGGAACCAACUGCAAGAGCAAAUUAUGACCUUGGAAGAACGUUGCCAGGAGCUGGAGGACAGGUUACAGCUCCAACUAAGAAUUGAGACUUUGCAGGUAACAUUUGAUGUAGAUGAAGAUGCUCUGCCCAUAAGUCAGGGUGAAAACGAACGUUUGCAGGCCCAGCUUGGACAGCUACGUCAGCAGCAGAGCCGGGAAACCGAGAAGCAACUCGACGUCACGUCCACUCUGAGCGAACAGCUCAAGGGGAUCACAGACAGAAAUGUAUUCCUUGAAAAUGUUAUAGCGGAGAAGGAACAGAUCAUAUUGGAAGCAGCAGGCAAACUGGAGGAGUUGGCAACAUUAAAAAAGACCCUGAAGGAGAAAGAGGAUCUAAACAAAGCACUUUCUGAGAAGCUGGAUCAGAGCGAGUUUCAGCUUGAAGAGACCAGAAAGAAGCUAGCUGUUUUGGAAGCUGAAAGUCAAGCAUUGAAAUUGGCGAACAAUGACUUAACUGAGAAGACAGCUGCCUUAAAAGAAAGGUUAUUGAAACAAGAUGCUACCUUGGAAAAGAUGAAGCUGGACCUUGAGCAGACAAAUGAAGAGCUGGAUCGCCUAAAUACAAGUCAUCUGGAAGAGCGGUCACAACUUAUAUAUGACCUGCAAAGGUGUGAGAGGGAAAUGGACAUCCUAAGAGAAGUCUUGCAGGAAAAAGAUAAGGAGCUAGCGUCCAUUUCCUCCAGUUUGACUGAAUACAAUGAGCAAGUGGUCAUUUUGAAAGAGCAAAUUGACUUUAAGAAUGAACAGAUGAGAGAGAUGUCUGAUGCCCUUGUAAAAGCAGAGCGGGACAGUCAGCUUCUGAGAGAGGCGCAGACCGCUGAUACGCGGGAAACGAGCGACAAGAUAACUUCCCUUACAGAUCAGCUGAGUGAGAUGGAUAUGGAAUUAAAUAAAGCAAAAUACCUAAGCGAGACAAAAACGAAGGAAGCAGAAGAACUAAUUAGACAAAUCAAUGAGAACGGCAUCACAAUUAAGAACCUGCGCUCAGAGAUUCAGGCGCAGUCAGUAACGCACAACAAUCAUGUCAUGGAGUGUUCAACACAAAUUACAUCACUUAAACAGCAGAUUAAUGCAUCUGUUGCUAAACUCGAUGAAACAGAAACAAAAUACAGAAAGGAAAUUGAAAGCUUCCAAUUGCAAUUGGAAAGCGAUAAUUUGGAGAGAGAAAAGAUUGCAGGGAUGCUUGCGGAAAAGAGCAGCAAAGAGCAGAGUUUUGAAAAUGAAUUGAAGAUGGCAAAAGAGCAAUAUAACAACUUAGUUUCCGGGAUGUCCAAAAAAGAUGAGGAGAUGAAGAAACUCUUGACUGAACUCACCGAGCAAAAGCAGUAUUGUGAUGAUCUGAAAAGGGAACUGCAAAUUAAGGAGGCGGAUGCUGCUUCUUUACAGCAAAAGCUUUUAGCAGACAUUACAGACAGGGAGGAGAAGCUGAGGGGUCUACAAGAGCGCACACAAGAAUUUCAGGCACAGCUUAGUGAAAAACUAGAUAACAUUAAUAAAUUGGAUGCAACUAAGGAUGAACUUGUUAAACAGAACAAGAUGCUUGAAACAGCGCUUGCCGAAAGCGACAAAAAUCUGGCUGUCCAUCUAACUGCUACAGAAGAAUGUAGAAAAAGCAUUCUUGACCUGGAACAGCAGAACCAAAAACUGCACAGUGAAAAAGACAGGUUAGUAAAAGAACUUUCAGAGCAACAGCAAUUUUACGAUGAUCUGAAAAAGGAACUGAAUAUCAAAGAGCAAAAUUCCUCAUGUUUACAGCAAAAGCUUGAAAUGGACAUUAAUAACAGGGAAGAGGAGCUGAGGGUUCUUCAAGAGCGUGUACAAGAACUUCAGAAGCAACUGGAAGAAAAAUUAGAAAACAUUAAUAAUUUGAACACCGUUAAGAAUGAACUCGACAAACAGAACAAAAUGCUUGAAGUGGCUCUUGCCGAAAGGGACAAAAAUCUAUCAGUCCAUCUAAACUCAACCGAGGAAUGUAGAAAAGACAUUCUUGACUUGGAGCAGCAGAAAAAGCAGCUGUAUAGCGAAAAAGAACACUUACUUGAAGAACUCACCAAGCAAAAGCAGUGUUGUGAAAAUCUGACUGCGGAACUGCAAGUCAAAGAGCAAAACACUUCAUCUUUGCAGCAAAAACUUGAAGCAGACCUUAAGGACAGGGAUGAAAAGCUGGCGGUUCUUCAGGAGAGCAAACAAGAACUUCAGAAGCAGCUUGAGGAAAAAGUAGAAACCUUUAGUAAGUUGUAUGCAGCUAAGAAUGAACUGUACGAACAGAAAAAGGAGCUUGAAUCAUGUGUUGCAGAAAAAAACAAAAAUCUGGAAGUUUUUCAGAACUCGGCAGAAGAAUUAAGAAAAAGCAUACUUGACUUGGAGAAGCAGAAGCAAGAGUUGCUUAGCGAGAAAGAGCAUAUACUGCAAGAACUGAGCACCAGAGAAUGUUCGUUGUCUUCCCUGAGCCAAGAGCUGCAAGACUUACAGAGGAAAAUGUCUGAAACGGAGCUUCUGUUAACUGCAGAGAAGAAAUGCGUCUCUCAGCUUACAGCCGAUAAAGAAGAGCUGCACUUAAAUAUCAGUCACAUGUCCGAGCAAAGCUUGGAAAGAGAUGCCAUAAUCUCUAAGCAGCUGGAAGAUAAAGCGUUGGAGAGCUUUACUUUAAAGAACCAGCUAACCGAGGAAAAGCAGAAAGCAAUACAUUUGCAAAAUCUGAUUCAGGUUCAGGAAAAUCAGCUAAAGGAUUCUCAAAAACAUGCUCAACAGAGUGUCGAGGAGCUUGAAUUAAUGAAGACUGAAUAUAAAACUGUGUGUGAAGGUCUCAAGCAAAAUGAAGAAAGAAACGUUCAGCUGCAAAAGCAUGUUGGAGAACUGACAACUGAGCAUGAAAGGGAGAAGCAAGCCCUUCAUGCAGAAAUAGGACAAUGGAAAGCUAGCUUUGCAGCUCUGCAAAAUGAAGAAAACAUUCUUAGAGAGGAACAUAAAAGCGUUUCCCAGCAGAUAACAGAGCUAAAUGCAGAACUUCUCAAUCUGAAGGUGGAACACGACAGACUGCAACAGGAGGCUCUUCACAGAAUGGAAGAAAAUGCAUCAUUACUCAGAAGUCUGGACAGUAUUAAUAUUGAAGCAGAAGAAUUAAAAAGGGAAAAAGAGAAAGCCUCAGCUCUAAUUAUCAGCAUUGAGACCCAACGGGACAGUCUUCAAUCACAACUGCUGCAAAGCCAGCUAGAAACAGACACAUUAAAGAAACAAUUAGACAAUAGCAAAAGUGACAGUGAAAAACUGCAUUCUGAGAUUGAGCGAGUCAACAACACAUUGGCAAGCAAAUUAGAAGAAAUUGCUGUUUUGACUUCACAUUUAUCACAGCAGGCAGACACAAUAUCAUCUUUGAAAGACCACAUGGAUGCUGUACUUGUGGAGAAACAGACAUUGCUGAGAACUGUUGAAGAGAAAGAUGCACUUGUCCGCCAGAAGGAAGAACUGAUUCAACUCGCAGAAAAAAAACUGGAAGGUGAAACUCAUUACCUACAGAGAAUUUCGGAUCUCCAAAAUGAGGUACAAAGUUCAGUCUCCGAACGCAUGCAACAGCAGCAGAGAAUUAAUGAUCAGGAACUGAAACUUACAAAUCUAGCACAGGAACUCAAGUUGUACAAGGAUAAAAGUGAGGAAGCACAGCUGGUAAAGGUUCAGUUAUCUGAGCAUGUGGAGGUCAUUUCUGAUCUGCACUGUCAGAUCAAAACCCUCAGAGAAAGAGUAGAUGAAUUAAACAUAGCUCUGACCGAAAAGGAUGAAUCUAUAAAAGAAAAGGUUGAUAGUUUUGUCAAUCUGAAAGCUUUAUAUGAAGGUGCACAGGAAACCUUAGACAUUCAGAAAAAGGAGAUAGACAGUCUGUUAGCCAAGAGUGAAAAUUACAAAACUCUUUUAUCUGAAAAAGACUCAAGCAUACAAAAAUCAGGACUCGACUAUGAAGAAAUCAAAACAAAUAUGGCCGAUAAAGAGAGACUGUGUGAAAACCUAAGGCAGCGGGUCUCAGAACUGGAACUAAUCAACACAAAUCAGAAUAAGGCGUUGAGUGAAUGUAAAGUUAAAGUGAAAGAAAAUGAAGAUUCCCUUUUGGCCAAAGAGAGCAGAAUAGAGGAACUUGCAUGCCAAUUAAACGACUUUGAGCGGUCAGUUGUGGAAAAGGAAUCUGCUGUGCAGAACUUGCAAGAGAAAUACGCAUCGUUGCAUGAGAGUAGACUAGAAAUCGAGCAAUCGGUGGUCAUAAAAGAAGAAGAGAUUUCUCGGCUUCUGAACUCUGUAUGUGAAAAAGAUGAGCGUUUGCAAGUGGCAGAGAGUAAUGCUCAAGCCUUUUCUAAUGAAAUUGGGCUUCUAAGAGAAGAAUUAAACCAAUACUCCUCUAACUUAAAGGCUGCCUCCACCACAAUCCAAGAAAGAGAUGAAGCUUUAGGGCAGAAACAGCAGGUGUUCCAGACUAUGGAAUCACAACUAAAGUCUGUGACGGAACAGUAUGAGAAAACCACAUCCCAGCUACAUUUACUAACUCAAGAGAGGGAGCAGCAGAAUUUGCUUAUACAGCAACUCGAAGAGAAAUGUAACUCACAGUUCCAACAGAUUAUAGACCUUACAUCUGACAUGGAUCAGUUAAAUUCUAAAUUUCUUAAAGUUGUCAGUGAGCAUGCCCUUCAGAAAGAACAGUAUGAUAUGCAGGUUCAGUCUGCAAAGCAGCAAAGCUCCUAUUUAGAAAAUGAGUUACAGGCAUUGCAGGCAGAUAAGGAUCACGCCAUGGGAUCUUUGCAAAUGCAGUUAACAGAGAAAGCAGAUGUCAUUAAAGAACUCAAGGAAAAACUUGAUUUGCAUGUAAAGGAAGCUGAAACUCAAUUACGUUCCAACAUCCUUCAACUGGGGACUGAAAAAUCUGACCUUCAGGAGCAGGUUAGUGCACAGGCUGAAGAGAUAUGCGCAUUGAAACUGAGUAUAGAAACUCUAGAACGUAAUCACGCUGAACAGCAGCAACAAUCACAGAAUGCUUUUCUUAAAGUUAAUGAGGAAAAUGACAUACUUGCUAACCAUAAAGCCAGUUUAGAAAGUGAAAUCCAAAUGAAAGCUAAUAUGAUACAAACUUUGCUUAAAGAUGUGCGCUUUGUAGAGGAACAGUUAAGUACGCUAUGUGACAAAAAUCUCCAAGACUGUGCAACGUUUGGCGAUGGUUCCGGUUACAGUAGCAAAUUAGAAGGGCUUUGUUCUAUGUUUUCUGUAGCAUUAAAGCACAAGUCAGACGUGGCAGAGUUAAAGCAAAUCCUAGAGACCAAAGAUCAUGAAAUUGAUCGAAAGUCAGAAUCAAUCCGGUCGCUUGAGAAAGGAAUAGCUGCUCUGCAAGAUGAGUUACAGACAUUGAGAGAUUCUAGUACACUAGAAAAAGAAUCUCUCAUGAAAGAUGUAGUAGCAACAAACCAUCAACAAGAGUGUCUUCUACAAGAGAGAGAAGAGAUUAACACACGCAUUGCAACCCUUCAGGUGGCGCGAGAUACUUCAGAAGCUGAGCUUGAAAAAUGUUACAGGACCCUGCAUGAGGAAUCGAAUAAGGUAAAAGGGCUUGUAGAAGAUGCAAAGAAUAAAGAUAUGCUUAUCCAAAAUCUCAAUAUACAGCUAAGCCAACAGAAAGAGCUGAUAACGACACUAAGCGAACAAUUAAAAGACAAAGAUGCUUCCAUAAUGCAAGUCAUGGAAUCAAUGUCUAAUGAAAUGGUCAAGACUUCCGAAGAGAAAAGUAUAUUGAACUUGGAGGUUCAGAAUUUACAAGCAGAGAUAAGUGGACUCUCUGAGAAGCUGGAAGCAUGUAAAACAGAGUUGCAAAGUUCUCAGGCGGCAAUGGCUGAAAAGGAGGUGUCUUUGAGCAGUUUACUGAAUGAAAAAGAUAAGAUGCAGCUUCAGUUGCAGAAAUUCAGCAAAGAAAAAGAGAACUUGAAAAGGAAGCUGCAGGCAGCUCUGGUGGUUAGAAAAGAUUUAAUGCAAAAAAUUGAAACUAUCGAGAAAAGCAAAGAAGAAGAAACCCGUAAUAAGAAUGUUGAAUUGGAAGAAAUGAAGAGCACGGUUGCAGAGCUAAAUUCCAAACUAGAAUGUGAUCAGAAGCAGAAUGAAGAUCUUAAAUCUCACCUAGAACAUCUCAUGCAGGAAUCGCUGGAGAACGAAAGGAGAACAAAUGAGUUAUUCUACAAUCUAAGCGAAAAAGAAACCAGUCUAAAAGAGUUGCAGGAUCAAGCUGUUGUGUUACAGCACCGACUAUCUGAAAAAGAAAACACAUGUGAAGAAUAUAAGCGAGCCGCCCAGGAGAAAGAAAUUAACACGACUCAUAUUCUUGAAUCCAUGAGUGAAAAGAUAAAAUCUUUGGAGGAGGAAAACUUGCAGCUCCACAAAAAUGUUGAAGCUCUAAAAUCUGAUUUUGAAAAAACACCAAACGGUGUUAGUCCUGUUGAGCUUCAAGUAUCGAUUAACGCUAACAAACAGGACGACGCUUUACAUCAGGAAAAAACAGUUGUGCAUAAUAACGUUCAUGCAUCUCUGUUAUGCAGUGAGCUAGACACGGAUAUACCAACCAGGGAUGACUAUGCCAAAUUGCUUGAAGAUUUGAAUGAUGGUGUUAAAGAAUUGGAACACCUAAAAACACAACAUGCUGAUUUGCAAAAGACACAUGAAACCUUGUGCAAAAUGAAUGAAGAAAGUGAAAAGCAGGUGCAUACUCUACAGCAGCAGACACGUUUUCAGCAAGAGCAGCUAAAUAACAAGGAACAUUUAGUCGAAACUCAGAGACAAAAAAUUGAAGAUGUUCUACAGGAAUUAAGUAAAAAGGAGCAAAAUGAUCACAUUAUAUCGGCACUAACAUCAAGUGUCGAAGAAAAGGAUUCACAGCUGGGUCAGUUAUGCUCUGAAAAUGAAAAGUUGUUUGAUGAAAUGCAAAAAUUGUUGGCUGAGCAUAAAGGAAAACUAGAGGAGGUCUGUAACUUGAAGAGCGCGUUAGAUCAAUAUGAAACGGAUAAAGACAUGAUGGCCACAGAGAUUAGUCUGCUGCAACAAAAGCUCGAAAGCUCCCAACUGGCUGUUCAACAGAUAGGCCAAGAAAGGGACACACAUUUUGAAGCUCAGAGAACGAAACAAGUAGAAAUUGAACAGCUGAAAGAUGAACUUGUUUUGGCAAAUCAGUCUCUGGUGGAAAAGGGUGCAGAGCUUGCAAGGGUGCAGGAUUUAGUUCAGGAAAAUAUAAGAACAUCAAACCUCGAUAUUGAAGAACUUCAAAAGAAAUUAACUAAUGCUGAACAUGAGGCAAGAGAUCUCCAGAAUGCAUUUGAUAAAGUAAAAGAGGAAAUGAGUAUAUACAUUAAUAAAGUGGAAAAGGCAAAUGCUGAAAUAUUCGACCUACAAUUAAAAUUGAAGGACAACUCUAAGCAAGAUGAGACCCUAAUACAAAGGAGCAGCAUGCAAACACUCGGCAAUCACUAUGGUGACCUGGAAAACAUUUCUAAGGCAGAGCCACAAAUGUGUCAUAGUUGUUCAGGCAAUGAAACCAUGAUUGAAGAGCUCAAGAGGCAGGUUCUGCAGAAUUCCAAAGCAAUGUCAGAACUCAUGCAACAGCAAGAGAGCAAAACCUCUGAAGAAUCGGCCUCCAAAGAGCAAUCACACAGAAAGUUGCAAGCAGCUCUAAUAUCUCGCAAAGAAGUGUUGAAAGAGAGCAAACUAUUGAAACAAAAGAUAGAAUCCCUAAAUGCAGAAAUGGAUGGGCUAAGGCAGUCCUUUGCUGAAGCUCAUGAAAAGCAAAAUUCUGAAAUAUGUUUACUCUCUCAGGAGAAGGAAGACCUACUUAGUGAGAAUGGCAGACUUUUAUCUGUCAACGAAAAUCUUUCUGCAGCCUGUGAGAGUCUAAAAACUACAAUGGAAUCAAUAGUUCAAGAAAAGGAAGCCUUUUCUCUCCAGUUAAACUCUCUUAAGGAUUCCCAAACCGUUGAGUUGUCUGGAUGGAAAGCUAGGCAUGCUGAAUUAAAUAAGGAGUACGAGUCCCUUCUCCAAGCAUAUGAAAACAUUGGCGAUGAAAUGGAUAAAAUGAGGCAGGUCAUAGAAAUGACCAAGAAAGAGAAAAAUGAACUACUUCAUAGAUUGCACGCCUUGCAGACUGAAAAUCACCAUCUGGUAUUACAAGUUCAAGAAAAUGGCGAUGAGGCAGAAAAACUGAGAACUGUGCUGGAAUCCAGAGAACAAGAUAUCAAGGCGUUCGAGAAAGAAGUGAAUAGAAUUGCUGGUUUGGAAAAAACAUCAGCCGAAGUGCAGCAGCGCCUCGAAGAGCUUUCAAAUAAAAAUGAUCAACUCACAGAAGAGAACAGAAUGUUAUCAGAGACUUGUGAACGUAUUAAGAUAUCCAGUGAAAGCACUGAGGAGGAAAAGAAAACACUGCUGAUUAGUAAGAAUGCUUUAGAAAGCUUGCAAAUUGAAGUGGACGCAUACAAACGUGAAAUGGAGAUUAAGAUGUCUGAAUUACUCUCUGUUAAAGAUGAGCUGUCUGAGAGAGUUGCUGAGUUGAACACUGAGUUAGCGGAGAGCAGGGAAAGCUUGGCUGAUGUUUCUGCAGAAAGGUGUGAACUUGUAGAAGAGCAGAAGAAACUUGAACUCAUGCUGAAGGAACAGAAGAGUGGUGUUUUGAAACUGGAAAGCGACUUGAACAUCCUGCAUUUAGAGAAGAUCAACCUCAGUGAAAAAGUCAAAAUCCUAGAAGACGACAAGUCGAUCCUACAAGAGGAGAUUGAAAGUGUCCAAGAGCAGUACUGCAAAGUGAAGAACGAGAAGGAGAUUUUAGAGGCAGAGUUACUGAAUGCUGCCAGAAACAACAAACAGUUAACUGAAACCUUUAAAUCAUUACAAGUACAAACAAACUUCUUGAGUCAACAGGUGGAGUCUCUGAGAUCGGAAAAGAACAACAUCAUGAGAGAAAAAGAAGAGCACCAAUUACUGGUUCUGCAUGAACUUGAGCAAAGAGUAAAGUGCGCCCAGGAUGACAACAGGGGAACCAAAAGCAAAUCCAAAGAGUUGCAAGAACUACUUAAGGAGAAGCAACAAGAAAUUAGCCAGCUGCAACGAGACUCGAUACGAUUUCAGGAGCUGAUCCUUGAUCUAGAGGGAUCUGUAAAGGAGUCCAAUACUCAAAAUGAAAGUCUUCAGGAACAACUAGGCAAAACUGUUGUGGAACUGGAACGAGUUCAUAAAGAGGCGAGCUCUUUAAAUGAGGAACUUUCAAAUAAAAAGCAAUUGUUGGAAAUUGGAAAGGAUCAAAUAGCGAGACUAACUGCAGAGCUUCAAGGUGUCAGAUCUCUACUUGUAGAGAGGGGCUUUGAACUGAUUGAGGAGCAAUCAGGUGAAGUGGAUAGAGGAAGGAAAUUACCAAGGGCUGAUAAUGGUGAUGAAAUUGCUUCAUAUUAUAAGGCAAGUAGUGAAGAAUACAUGCUUAUUAAGGACAAGUGUGCCCUAAAUGGUACAGGAGAUUGGAAUGAUGGUACAGAAGGCAGGCUUCAAGGGCUUGCAGAAACUCACCCCCUUCAGGAAGCAGAAAAAAUACCCAAAUCAGAAAAUCAGUAUCCUAAACAAUCAGUAGGGAAAUACAUUGAUUUGGAAAACGCAGUGAAGAACCUGAAAGCAGAGCUUGCAAAGAAAGAGACUGAUUUGCUAGAGGUUAUGUCAGAGCGAGAUAAAAUGAGGGCAGGUUUAGAAAAACAGGUGAGCAUUUCGGAGCACAUGAAGCAAAUUCUUAACAACAAAGAUGCUGAAAUAUCUAUGCUCAUGUCCUCCAAAGAUGGGCAGAUAUCUAGCUACUUAGAACAAAUACAAGGGCAAUACCGGAAGCACCUGGAAGAGUAUGAGCAGCAGCUAAACUCAUUCCAAGAAGAGAAGGAAAGGUCAAGGGAGGAACACUGGAGGGCGGAAAGUGCAUUACAGAAUCUGCAAGCAAAGUACGAAAAAGCAGUCAAUGACAAUGUGCUGGUAUCCAGCGAAAUCGAGGCCUUCAAAAAAUCUAUGUCUUCUCUUCAGUCUGACAGAGACUUGCUCUGUACACAAUUAAAAGAUAUCAACGGCCGUCACGAGUCAGUACUAUCCGAAAAAGAGGGUGUGAUCGAUAACACUGUGAGUGAGAAUGUUGGCCUUAAGCGAGAACUCAGGAAUUCGCUGAACCAAAUAGAUGAUCUCAAUGCUGAAAACGCAAUGCUGGGCGCACAACUGAUUAGGUACAGGGAAGAUCUCAAUCAGGUGCUGUCUCUCAAAGACCACCAGUUAAAAGAACUGCUGCGACAAAAACUGGAUCACAUUAAAAACCUGGAACAAGAAAAAGGGGGUCUCCAGAGGCAAUAUCGGGAGGCGCAGAACGCAAGCGCGUUGCUAAAGCAAGAACUUAACGACUGUAAGCUAGAGAAUGAAAAGUUAUCUGAUAAAGUAAAGGACCAGGAAGCUCUUAUUGCCACCAUUAACAAAGAGAAGAUUGUCUCGGAGUCCAAAAAGAAAAAGGAGUCUGGAUCUGCAGUGCAUGAAAAGGCAAGCCUUCAACCGGUGGCAUCUGAAAAAGCAAAAGCAGAUAAUCUGCCCCCAGGAGAAAGUAGCUCCAAACCUCUAGAAAAUCCAACUGAAUUGAAAACCUACUGGGAAAUCUGCAAUGAGAACAAGGAGCUUAAAUCUCAGAACGAGUCAUUUGGAAAAGCCAUGGCUGCCUUGCAGAAUGACCGAGACUCCUUAAUAGAGGACUUUAAAGUCCUGCAGUGGAAAUACAUGUCUGAGCUCAAAGCUGAGCGCUUACGAGGGGAUGAUCUUGAGAGACACUCAAGUAACUUCAAAUGCCUCCUAUAUGGUUUACUGAAAAAGAACUCUCUUCUUGAUGAUGCACUAAUCGCUGAGGAAAAUUCAAUCACGUUGGAUCAGCUAGCCGCCAAAAUGGAUUCCGUAUGCAGCACACUUGCAAGCAAAGUAUUGGAGGUAAAGAGGCUGUCUUCUGAAUGCACCAAUUAUCAACAGCAGGUCGAUGCCUUUUCUAAAGCUAUGGCAAGCCUCCAGAACGAUCGAGAGCGAUUACUUCAGGAGCUUAAAGUUGGGGCCUUAGCUCAUGAAUCUAACCAAGCCAAUGGUGAGCCAAACCAUGCUGCUGAGCCUGAAUACCUUACUAUGAAUCUGUCUCAGUCUGGGAAAGAUACUCAGGCUUUCACCUCAAGCAGCUAUUCUGCAGCCGAAAACAUUAAAUUAAGAACAAAGGUGGCGGAGCUGGAGCAGCAACUGUGGCAAGCCAAAAACUUCCGGGAUAAAGCAGAACAAGACAUCACCUCUUAUCAGUGUGAGCUGGCAGAGCUAAGAUCUGAAAAGAACCUUCUUGUCACCGAAACCCAAGCACUACAACAUCGGUAUAAUGUGAGCCUUGCAGAGAAAGAGCGUCAGAUUGCCGAAAUCCAAACGCAGAAAGGCACUACCCUAUUUUCCAGUACAAUGUAUGGCACCAAGGAAGUGGAAAGGGUUGCCUUGGUGGGAAGUACGACUGGCACAGAGAAGGGGAAACCAUCUUCUGACGUGAUUGGUCAGCCAGAGAUUCAGAGAUACAUUCAGGAGAUUAAGCAGAGGGACCAACUCAUACAGCAGAUCAACUCAAAGGCAAUGGAGUCAGUGCAGAUGAACGCGAUGCUGUCGGCCCAGCUGAACACUGUCUCCCAGGGACUGAAGGAAUCUCAGUUGAGAUACAGUGACCUGCAGAACCAGUACUACACACUUCAGAGGGACCUGCAGGCUACUAACCAGAGUGACAUCCGCACUGAAGUCCCCCCUGGUGCUCCGCAGGAGAGGGCAAGCGUCCUGGUGGAGAUAGAAAAUUCUGAGCUGAUUGACCUAAGAAGAAGGCUUGUUGAGAGUGAGCAUCUGUACGACUCCAUUCAGCAAGAGCUGUCACAGCUGUCGGAGAGAUUCGCAGAGGAAAGGUCGCGGAGAGAGGCAGCAGAAGAUGCUCUGCAUCUAUCGGAGCAACAUAAUAAAAGCCUGGAAACGAAGCCUUUAUCCAGAGAAUACGAGUUCUCCCUUCAGAUGGAGUCGGAAGAUGAACGAGAAGCGCUGAUAAUUGAUCCGACACAGCAUGUCAUGGUUAGAAAGAUGAAAGGAGGCGCACUUUCUCUGCGGAGGUGGUUGCGUGGCCGAAGCCUGUACUGUUCCAAGUUACUGACUUCCAGAUCGAAAGCCCGUUACCUGUUCCUCACCUACCUGUUGGUGUUACACGCCGCCGUCCUUAUGUGCCUGACUGGCGUGUUAUAGCCGAACUCUCAGGCACCAGUUUUAGGCUUGUGCGGCUACUCAAGGGUUAACACUGAACAGGUAUUAUGUCCCGAUUAUGGGACGGGCUCUGCAGCACAACGUAUUUUGCUGGAUUUUGCACUGCAUGGACGAAUAAGAGCGGUACAGGGGUCGCGGGUUUGCUGUUUAUCACUACUGACGUUCGUAUACAGGGUGACGAGUGCAGGAGGAGGGAAUUAUGGGUACACACUACAGGUUAGGGGGUCUGUAUAGUUUGGGAAGCAGAGCAGUGUACAUAUUAGUGCCCAUGUCUCUCUCCUUCUUACCCUCAGUAUUCUGCUGCUGUGACUGGCACUGGGUAUGACUGUACAUAGUUCUACAUGGCACUGUAGAGACUGUAAUUAAGACUUCUGUAUAUCUCGCUUGUUCCAUAAUAGAUUCUAUUAUAUUUGCUAAAGAGAUUCUAGUUCCUACUGUAUAGAAAUUGCUGCUCUUCAGGUGUGUAUGGAUGAUUUCUACUUGAAAUGGUGGGAAAAUUGAUUUUCUUCUCUAUGCAGAUAUUAUUUUGUAAGCCUAACGGUGGUGGCUUUCCCACCCUUCCAGGUGCAGAGAACUACAACUCCCACAAUGCCUUGGGAUAGUUAUAAAGAACUGGCCAUGUGUUUGAGGACCCUGCUCCGUGUAUUAAAGGGAUACUGUCAUCACAACAGCAAUCUAAGUCCCAGUCUGCACUGCUGAACGGAAAGCGGCUUUGCAGAUUGGCCUUAUGAAUCAUGGGCUUUAUACUGCCGUAUCAGUCAGUUACCCCAUGUGCUUCAUAAGGCACCCGGGGGAGACAAAAUGCCAGGAGUCACCCCAGAGGAAAGUAUAGCAAAUACUUCCCAAUCCUGUGUAAUAAUGCUCAUAUCAGUAAACUUGGUUGCCCUGCAGUCAAAUGCAUAGUAACAACAUCAAACUGGAAAGUAUCCGACAGUCACCAUUUCCUUAAGAAAACACUGUUACCCCAAGUCACGGUUAAUAAACUCUACCUCUUUCAAAAUCCUCCCUUCCCCUGAAACCCAAGCACUGAAACCGUUAUUUUGAUUACAGUAUCCCUUUAAGGACUUGGACCCAAUGGAAGUCCCAUGCCCUGUGCAUUGGGUGUGUCUCUGCUUCUUGGUGUGUGGCACGGAAGCUUAAAGUGCAAUAAAAUAAAUUCCCUUAUUGAUCUGUUGGUUUCUCAUCUGAAAAUAAAUCUUUAAACCAGCUGG